AUGGCGCAGCGCCGCAGGUUCCACCGCCGCAGGCAGGGCGCAUCAGGGCAGGCGGCAUCUGGGGGGGGUGCGCCUUCAGGCACGCCUGUCAGCACGCCAGGGCCCCCUGAGCCGUCUGAUAGCCUGGUAGGGGAGGGGGAGGAGGAGGAGUUGGAGGGCACGUUUGUGUGGGGCACGGGGGUGAGCGUGCAGGACGUGUCCAGCAAGUUUGCAUCGUUCGUGCGGCACUUCAGGGAGGCGGAUGAUGCUCUUCACGCCAAGUACUCCCAGCAGCUGGAUGAGCUGCUGGAGAUGGAGGGGGACACAUUUCCUGUGGACUGUGCUGACGUGUAUGCCUUCUCUGCUGAGCUGUACCGCCUACUUGUGCGCUACCCAUUGGAGGUCAUCCCCAUCUUCGACAUCAAGAUUGCUGAGCUGGCAGCCGACCGCAUGCCCAUGUGGGACAAGCACAUCCAGGUGCGCACGUUCAACCUCCGGGACACAGUGCACAUGCGCGACCUCAACCCCUCAGACAUCGAUGCACUGGUGGCUGUGAGGGGCAUGGUCAUCCGCACCUCCUCCAUCAUCCCAGACAUCAAGGCUGCUUACUUCAAGUGCCUCGUGUGCGGCCACUCGCCUGACCUCGUGCUUGUUGACAGAGGGGUGAUAGAGGAACCAAGGCGGUGUCCCUGGCCCGAGUGUGGGGCGAUGAACAGCAUGACGCUGUUGCACAACCGCAGCCGGUUUAUCAACAAGCAGAUGCUGCGCCUGCAGGAGACGCCCGAGGACAUGCCUGAGGGGGAGACACCGCACACUGUGCCCGUGUUCCUGUUUGACUCCUUGGUGGAUACUGCCAAGCCGGGCGAUCGAGUGGAGGUGACGGGGGUGUUUCGAGCCGUACCCGUGCGGGUCAACUCCAACCAGCGCAACCUGCGCUCGCUCUACCGGACCUAUCUUGACUGCAUUCACAUCCGCAAGGAGGAGGGAGGCCGCACACGCAACAAGGGGGCAGCGCAGCAGUCACAGCCGCUGGCAACCUCUGCUGGAGGCGAUGCUGAUGACGCCAACCCCGAUGCUGCCUACUUCUCACCGCAGCAGGUGGAGGCGUUUCGAGAACUAUCCCGGCAGCCGGACAUAUACGAGCGGCUGGCUCGCUCCCUGGCGCCGUCCAUCUAUGAGCUGGACGACAUCAAGAAGGGGCUGCUGUGCCAGCUCUUCGGUGGGUCAGUAAAACGCCUGUCCUCAGGCGUGCAGUUCCGCGGAGACAUGAACGUGCUGCUGGUGGGGGACCCGGGCACGAGCAAGUCGCAGCUACUGCAGUAUGUGCACAAGAUCGCUCCUAGGGGGAUCUACACGAGCGGCCGGGGGAGCAGUGCUGUGGGGCUUACUGCGUAUGUUACCAAGGACCCUGAGACACGCGAAAUGGUGCUGGAGAGCGGAGCGCUGGUGCUGAGCGAUCGAGGCAUCUGCUGCAUUGAUGAGUUUGACAAGAUGUCCGACAAUGCCCGCAGCAUGCUGCAUGAGGUGAUGGAGCAGCAGACUGUCUCAGUGGCCAAGGCCGGCAUUAUCGCCACGCUCAACGCGCGCACGUCUGUGCUCGCCUGCGCCAACCCCUCUGGCUCGCGCUACAACCCGCGCCUCUCUGUCAUUGACAACAUCCAGCUGCCACCUACCCUGCUCUCCAGGUUCGAUCUCAUCUAUCUCAUUCUCGACAAGGCAGAGGAGCAAUCCGACCGUCGGUUAGCCCGCCAUCUCGUUGCUCUGCACUACAAGAACCCAGAGACCUCGGCUGCAGCCACCAUAGACGUAGCAACGCUCACCGCCUACAUCACCUACGCCCGCACGCGCAUCCACCCGGAGCUGAGCGAUGAGGCGGCAGAGGAGCUGGUGAACGCUUAUGUGGAGCUGCGGGGGCGGGGAUCCGGGAGAAAGGUCAUCACUGCAACGCCACGUCAGCUGGAGAGCCUAAUCCGCAUCAGCGAAGCCCUCGCACGCUUGAAGCUGGCUUCCACGGUGACUCACGAAGACGUGACAGAGGCAAGGCGGCUGCUAGACGUGGCAAUGCAGCAGUCGGCCACGGAUCCCACCACAGGCACCAUCGACAUGGAUCUCAUCACCACGGGGGUGUCCGCCAGCGAGCGGGCAAAGCGCGUGCAGCUGCAGGAGGCUCUGCUCUCCUUCCUUCAGGAUAGAGCCACCGCUUCCCGCUCCUCCUUCCGAGCGCCUCAGGUACGGGGUGUUGGGGAGCAUAGGCCUGCACGCACCAUCGACAUGGACCUCAUCACCACGGGGGUGUCCGCGAGCGAGCGAGCCAAGCGCGUGCAGCUGCAGGAGGCGCUGCUCUCCUUCCUGCAGGACAGGGCUACCUCUUCGCGCUCCUCCUUCCGAGCGCCCCAGGUACUUUCAACGAACCCUGUUAGGCACACAGGCACCAUCGACAUGGACCUCAUCACCACGGGGGUGUCAGCGAGUGAGCGGGCCAAGCGCGUGCAGCUGCAGGAGGCUCUGCUCUCCUUCCUGCAGGACAGGGCUACUGCCUCCCGCUCCUCCUUCCGAGCACCUCAGGUACUCUCAGGAGACUCAGGUAGCCGUGGUGGCGGGUCGGUGCGGUAUCGGUACGCCCAGGGAGAGGCCUCAGGUAACGGUGGUGGUGUGUUGGCGCGGUAUGGGUACGUCUGUUGGGGUGUCUCUUGCACUCUACUCGCACGUGUUGUUAGAGCGUGGAACACCUGCUAG